GACCACUCAUCACUUUAUAUUAGUGUCAUUGAAUAAUGCUGAACAACUUGAAUAAGGCUGACAAGUUGACUUUUUCCACCUUUUGUUACUUUACAGCCUUAUUCUAAAAUGUAUUAAAUAAAUACAAAUAUUCAUCCAUCUACACUCAAUAAACCAUAAUGACGAAGCCAAAAGGGAUUUUUUGACAUUUUUGCAAAUGUACAAAAACAUUAAAAACAUAAAUACCUUAUUUAAGUAUUCAGACCCUUUGCUACGAGACUCGAAAUUGAACUCCGAUGCAUCCGGUUUCCAUUGAUCAUCCUUGGGAUGUUUCUACAACUUGAUUGGAGUCCACAUGUGGUACAUUUUAUUGAUUAGACAUGAUUUGGAAAGGCACACGCCGGUCUAUUAAAGGUCCCACAGUUGACAGUGCAUGUCAGAGCAAAAACCAAGCCAUGAGUUUGAAGGAAUUGUUUGUAGAGCUCCAAGACAGGAUUGUGUCGAGGCACAGAUCUAGGGAAGGGUACCAAAACAUUUUGGCGGCCUUGAAGGUCCCCAAGAACACAGUGGCCUCCUUCAUUCUUAAGUGGAAGAACAGUACCACCAAUACUUCCUAGAGCUGGCAGCCCUGCCAAACUGAGCAAUCGAUGGAUAAGGGCCUUGGUCAGGGAGGUGACCAAGAACCUGAUGGUCACUCUGACAGAGCUCCAGAGUUCCUCUGUGGAGAAACUUCCAGAAGGACAACCAUCUCCGCAGCACUUCACCAAUCAGGCCUUUAUGAUAGAGUGGCCAGACGGAAGCCACUCCUUAGUAAAAGGCACAUGACAGACCGCUUGGAGUUUGCCAAAAGGCACUUAAAGACUCUCAGACCAGGAGAAACACAUUUUCUUGUCUGAUGAAACCAAGAUUGAACUCCUUGGCCUGAAUGCCAAGCGUCACGUCUGGAGGAAACCUGGCACCAUCCCUACGGUGAAGCAUGGUGGUGGCAGCAUCAUGGUGUGAGGAUGUCGUUCAUUGGCAGAGACUAGCCAGGAUUGAGGGAAAGCUGAACGGAGCAAAGUACAGAGAGAUCCUUGAUGAAAACCUGCUCCAAAGCGCCCAGGACCACAGACUGGGGUGAAGGUUCACCUUCCAACAGGACAUCGACCCUAAACACACAGCCAAGACAACGCAGAAGUGGCUUCGGGACAAGUCUCUGAAUGUCCUUGAAUGGCCCAGCCAGAGCCCAGACUUGAACUCGAUUGAACAUCUCGAGAGACUGUCGUGGAGGAUCGUUACAAAAUAUAACACUUACAAGAACUUGUGAAUUCAAUAUAGGCUUUUAAUGCAAACAUAUCAGAAGCCUAGAUGGUCCGCGGAACACACCCUUUUCCAGAGCUCUGGCUCUGUUUUUAUACACAUACAACAUAUGAGUCCAUCCCACAUGCAAAUUAAGUUACUUCCCUCAGUCCAUCUGCCACCAUUAUAUCCCAAUCUGUGCAUCCUGCUUGUUCACGCCCAUAUCUGCUUUCAGUUAAGUUAUAAUGGUGACAGGACCUCUUCAUGUCCCAAAAAUAAUACAUGCCCAUCUUAUCCUUAAGUUUAGCUUGGUGUGUUCUUUGGUAUGUCUGUCCUUAUUAGGACUAGUAGACUAUGUGUCUCUUCUCUUCAUGUCCUAAAAAUAUAUGCCCUAUGUCUAUAGUCCAUCAGUUGGUCAUUUGGCUGACCCCCUCCUUUGUGUGUCCCUCUGACCUUGGUAUGUCCAGCUGUCCUAUGCUCUCAUGGCCUUACUUUGGUUUCCUGUCCUAUACAAUAGACAAUGCAUUUUACCAGAAUGGCAAAUGCACUUUAAGUGUAUCUUUCUCUUGUGGUACAGUAUUAUGUUUCUCCCUAUAUGUACAUCUUGCUCCCACAAGACCUGAAAAUAUCUGUGCAGCGACACUCCCCGUCCAUCCUGACAGAGCUUGAGAGGAUCUGCAGAGAAGAAUGGGAGAAACUCCCCAAAAACAGCAAGUGGAGAACCUCUCUCAUGAAUCCCUGAUCCGAAGCGCAUCCUCUAUGGUUACAGACAGUGCAAACACUUACCUCUCCCAGACCACUCAGGCUCUCGUAGACUCCAUCACACAAUAUUCCAAAGCUCUCCAUACCCUCAUCUCCCUUCAAAGGAGAUAUCUGGCUUCACUGGAAAAACUCUCCACUGCUGAGGAGGAUGCCAUUUGGCAAGUGAUCAUUGCCCAGCGUGUUGAAGUUGGCGACAGACUAGAUGAAUGCAACCGCUUCGAGUCAAACUGGAUUAAUGCCGUCAACCUUUGUGAAAUGGCAGCUGAGGCAGCGUACAACACAGGAGCUGAGCAUGCAUCUGUCACAGCCAAGACCAAUUUGCAGGUGGCCAAGGUGCAGGUGGAGGAGGUCCGGCAGAUAUCUGUGGAUGCUGAGAGGAAGCUGACUGAGACCCAGGCCGAGGAGAUCCAGAGGAUGGCGGAGUAUGCCUUCAUAGAGAGUGGCAGUGAUGACGUGCAUGAGGCUUACCUCAGAGAGGACUAAGACUAAUCCUGAGAGUAAAACAAGUUUGAGUCAUUUAUUGUGGUUUAAAUCCUAAACAAGUAGACAGUACACAGUCCAUCAUUUGAGAAGUUCAGGAGUUGUGUGUCAUUGGGGUUGUUGUUUAUAUAAAAAUAUUAUAAUAAACAAAAAGCAUGUAGAGAAUUUAGUGGUGAAUUGAAUAACGCCGUUAUUAUUUUAGCGGAUAUAAUGUCAUGCUUCCUUGUUUAUAAAGCUGAGUUGAUUACAAUUUCAUGCACUUAUUUGAACUGUAACACUAAAUUAUAAUAUUUAUUUUCAUACAGCUUUGAAUAACAACUUCAUGUCUAAACUGAAAAUAAUAAUUGACAAUCAGUGUAUCCUAAGUGAAUUGUAUGGACUAUGGUCAACAUAGCAGUACAGUAUGGUGGCAUUUGUUUAUUUGUAUUUUAUGAUGUGUAAAUUAAAUAACUUUAUAAUAAAAAGUAUAUUUUCCAUAUA